AUGGCAGAACAUGUUUUUUUAGAUUUGUCUACUGAUUAUCCUUCCACUGACAUAGUUGCGUUUAAGUGCAAGCUACCACUCACUCUGUUUGUUUAUGUUAUUUAUAUUCCACCAGAGACUUCUAAUGACACUUACGAAAGUUUUUUGUCACACACGAGUACGUUAAUAAUCAAUCAGCCCAACAUGUUGAUACUUGUCGAUUUUAAUGCCCCCGGUGUCGUAUUUAGUCUCCAUUCAGAUUUUCGUUAUACAACGCUAAUUUUUUAGAUCUUACCAACACCAUCCAAUC